AUGAGGCACUUUACCGUUCUCGUGGCCCUUUUUGCCGCUUUGUCGAUUGCUGUCCCGACAGGCAACAUGGUCGAGAGGCAAACCGAAGAAAGUGGCACCGAAGAAGACGUCUGCGUGGAAGAUUCUGGAAUCUCAUUAUGCACACUGGGAACCCCCCUUUGCUGCAGAGUUGACAGAGAGGGCCUUACAACUAUGGAUUGCAUGCCUUCUACUGAAGACAUUACCAAAGUCCCUUCCGCGUCUUCCAUUACCAGUUUCCAAGCGGCUUGUCUGGCCCACGGCAAUCGCCGCCCUAGAUGCUGCACGCUCAAUGUGGCAGGCGAGACCGCUUUUUGCCAGGGCCUUACUUCCCCUGUAUAA